AUGGGAAACCAAACAGCCAUCACAGAAUUCAUCCUCCUGGGGUUCGGGGAUCUCCCUGAGCUGCAGACCCUUCUCUUCCUGCUGUUUCUAGUGAUCUAUGUUUUGACCAUGGCUGGGAACAUCCUCAUUGUUGUGCUAGUUGUGGCUGAUCAGCACCUUCAUAUCCCCAUGUAUUUCUUCCUGGGGAACUUGUCCUGCUUGGAGACCUGCUACACUUCCAACAUCCUGCCCAGGAUGUUGGCCAGUUUCCUGAUAGGGGACAGAACCAUUUCAUUCAAUGGGUGUCUCACACAAUAUUAUUUCUUUGGAUGCUUAGCAGCUGCAGAAUGUUAUCUCCUAGCAGCAAUGUCUUAUGAUCGAUACCUAGCGAUAUGCAAACCACUGCAUUAUGGAGCCCUCAUGAAUGGCAGGCUCUGCCUCCAGCUAGCUACAGUGUCUUGGGUAAGUGGCUUUCUGGCUAAUACUAUAUUAACAUUUUUUAUCUCCAACUUAAUCUUCUGUGGUCCCAAUGAAAUUGACCAUUUCUUCUGUGAUUCCUUCCCAAUGAUGAAACUCUCCUGCAGUGACACUCAUCUGACUGGACUUUUAACGUCCAUUGUGGCUUGCAUAUGCUCACUGCCUCCGUUUCUAUUAACCGUGACAUCCUAUAUUUAUAUCAUUACCUCCAUCCUGAGAAUCCCUUCCAGCACUGGGAGGAAGAAGACAUUUUCCACCUGCUCCUCCCACCUUAUUGUGGUUACAAUUUUCUUUGGGUCGAUACUGAUUGUGUAUGUGCUUCCGCAUAGCAACAGACUGAAGGACUUUAACAAAUUCUUCUCUGUCUUUUACACCGUCCUGACUCCCAUGGUCAAUCCACUCAUCUACAGCCUGAGAAACAAAGAAGUAAAGGAGGCCCUGAGGAAAGCUUUCAAUAAAUGUAUGGAUUUUAAGACACUGCAGAAAAUUAAGAUUGCUUCAAGUUAG